AUGUACAAAGUAGAGAUAAAGAUCAUCUUAGCUCGCGUCGUGUGGGAUUCUCUCCAGAUUGUAAAGAAGAUCGCGAACGUACCGGAACAUUAUACAAUCGAUCAUUCCCUGCAACAAGCUUCAAUGAUCGGUCCAAUAGAGGUGGAAAUCGAAAGUAUUCACCACGCGAAGGAUCGAUCCGCGCACGCAACUCGUCCGUCCACCGUCAGCGAGAAGAGCACUACCAUUUUGCUUGGUGUGCUGCUAGCCGUUGGAACGGCAAGAGCGGACAUUUCUACGCUACUUCGUGGUGGCUACUCGAACAACAACAUUCUGCAAGACGAUGGAUAUCACUACGACAAACCAAAGGUACCGUUUGAGGAGCCAACGACGCCUCGCAAGUGUGCGGUAACGGAUCAAAAUCCUGAUGGAAGCUGUGGAUAUGAUUACCCGAAACCGGACCAAUCCUUUACCCUGCCCAAUGAAUAUCUUCCACCAACAACGACGACGACACGCAGGACAACAACCACAACGCGUCCUACGACAACGACAACGAGAAGAACCACAACUACGACGCGUCCAACGACAACCACCCCACGAAGAACUACAACCACAACGCGACCGACAACAACGACAACUCGCCGAACGACUCCUGUGCAAGAAUAUCUCCCACCGAGCACUACCCGUCGGACGACAACAACUACCCGUCCUACAACUACGACCACCCGUCGUACGACAACCACCACCAGACCUACAACGACAACAACACGGCGAACAACUACACCGCGUGUCGUAACUACUACGACCAAGUGUCCACUGUCAUCUCAGAAUCCUGACGGAAGCUGUGGAUAUGAUUACCCGAAACCAGAUCAAUCGUUCACCCUUCCAAAUAGAGUCUCUACGACGACAACCACAACCCGCCGGCCAACAACAACGACGACACGAAGAACGACCACUACCACACGUCCAACCACCACCACAACGAGACGUACCACAACGCCGCGUGUCGUUACGACGACCAAAUGUCCACCGUCGGCCCAGAACCCCGAUGGCAGCUGUGGUUACGACUAUCCAAAGCCCGAUCAGUCCUUCACCCUUCCAAAUCGUGUUUCGACCACAACGCAAAGACCAACGACAACCACUCGUAGGUCGACAACCACCACAAGGCCAACAACAACGACCACGCGUCGUACGACCACCACCACGCGGCCAACCACAAGAACAACGCAACGGAUAGUGACGACGACCAAGUGUCCACCUUCCGCCCAAAAUCCGGAUGGAAGCUGUGGUUAUGAUUAUCCCAAACCUGAUCAAUCCUUCACACUGCCAAAUCGAGUAUCGACUACCACGCCUCGACCAACGACGACCACCCGCCGAACGACUACAACUCGCCGUACAACGCCACCCCAGGAGUAUCUUCCACCGACGACGACAACCAGACGGACAACAACGCGGCCUACAACAACGACAACACGUCGUACUACUACCACCACACGGCCAACGACAACAACACGUCGAACGACCACGCCGAGAAUCGUAACCACUACCAAGUGUCCCGUUUCGGCACAGAAUCCUGAUGGUAGCUGUGGCUACGACUAUCCCAAACCGGAUCAAUCAUUUACACUGCCAAACCGUGUGUCCACAACAACCACUACCCGUCGCACAACACCGCCGCAAGAGUAUCUUCCUCCGACGACAACAACGAGACGUACGACCACUCGUCCGACGACAACGACAACUCGUCGUACAACAACCACCACGCGUCCAACAACCACAACAACACGACGAACAACAACGCGGCCCGUUUUAACGACAACCAAAUGUCCUGUUUCAGCACAGAAUCCAGACGGAAGCUGUGGCUACGAUUAUCCAAAGCCAGAUCAGUCAUUUACACUGCCUAACAGAGUAUCUACCACGACAACAACAACCCGCCGGCCAACAACCACUACCAAUCGUCGUACGACAACUACUCCACGAAGGACCACACCGGCUGAAGAGUAUCUGCCACCAACGACGACCACACGUCGAACAACUACACGGCCACCAACCACUACUACCCGACGUACAACGACUACCACACGUCCGACAACUACGACUACAAGAAGAACGACAACUACUACACGCCCGACAACUAGAACAACGCAGCGUAUCGUAACAACCACAAAGUGUCCUCUAUCUGCACAGAAUCCGGAUGGAAGCUGUGGAUACGAUUACCCGAAACCGGACCAAUCUUUCACGCUGCCUAAUCGUGUAUCAACCACAACAACUCCUAGGCCAACCACUACAACUCGUCGUACUACAACGACAACACGUAGAACAACACCAGCCCAGGAAUAUUUGCCACCCAGCACAACAACCCGUCGAACGACAACAACUACCAGACCAACAACUACCACUACGCGGCGCACAACUACUCGCCCAACAACAACGACCACCAGAAGAACGACGACUACCACAAGGCCCACGACAAGGACGACACAAAGAAUCGUAACUACAACGAAGUGUCCAUUAUCGGCUCAGAAUCCUGAUGGAAGCUGUGGAUAUGAUUAUCCGAAGCCGGAUCAAUCGUUUACCUUGCCGAACCGUGUAUCUACCACCACAACAAGACGCCCAACUACGACAACACGUCGUACCACAACGACUACUCGCAGGACAACACCACCGCAAGAGUAUUUGCCUCCGACAACUACCACGCGUCGUCCAACGACAACGACCACCCGUCCAACUACUACGACCACGCGUCGAACGACUACCACGACAAGGCCUACAACCAUCACCCGAUUGACGACUACCACUCGUAGAACGACAACGCGACCCACGGUGGUGACGACCAAGUGUCCUCUUUCGGCUCAAAAUCCUGACGGAAGCUGUGGAUACGAUUAUCCGAAGCCGGAUCAAUCAUUUACGUUGCCCAACCGAGUUUCAACGACCACACCACGAACAACAACGACUCGUCGAACAACUCCACCUCAGGAAUAUCUGCCACCAACGACUACCACCACUACCCGCCGGCCAACAACGACCACUACGACACGCCGUACAACGACCACCACACGACCCACGACUACGACUACACGAAGAACCACACCACCGGUGGAGUAUCUACCGCCAACGACAACGACACGGCGUACUACAACCACCACUCGUCCAACGACAACGACCACACGACGAACAACCACCACCACUAGACCAACAACGCGCACGACACCUCGCGUAGUAACUACGACCAAAUGUCCAUUGUCCGAACAGAACCCGGAUGGAAGCUGUGGUUACGAUUAUCCUAAACCCGAUAAUUCAUUUACCCUUCCGAACCGUGUCUCAACCACCACCACUACCACCCAGCGACCCACCACGACCACAACGCGACGAACAACGACUACUACCCGGUCCACCACUACACGCCGCACAACACCGCCACAGGAAUAUCUACCACCUUCGACCACUACAACGAGACGAACAACGACCACAACACGUCCCACCACGACCACGACGACGACGACAACCACCCCACGGCCAACCACGACCACGGUGAAGGGAUGCAGCGAUGCGGAGCUCAAUCCGGACGGUACCUGUGGUUACGAUUAUCCGAAACCGCCCAACCCACUCACACUGCCACCAAAGAUUCCGCCAACCGUCCGAACAACGCCAGCGCCCGAAUAUCUGCCACCGGAGGAAACGACCGGCUACUCGUACCCAAAGCCUGCCAUACCGUUUAACUUCUAGAAAC